AUGUCAUUUUACUCUAAAGAACACGAAAUCAAAGGUAAAACCGCUUUAAUCACUGGUGGUAACAAAAACUUGGGUGCUGCUACUGCUAAAGAAUUGGCUCGUUUGGGUGCAAACUUGUUUAUUCACUACAACUCUCCUGAUGCUGGUUUGGAUAAACUUGUUAAGGAAUUGAGCCAACACGGGGUCAAGGUUGAAACUUACCAGGCCAAAUUAUCCGGGGCCAAAGAUUUGACCAAGUUGUUUGAUGCUGCCAAAUCCAAAUUCCCCAGUGGUAUUGAUAUUGCUAUCAAUAACGUUGGUAGGGUUUUGAAGAAGCCAUUGGUUGAAACCACCGAAGAAGAAUUUGACGGGAUGGACGAAACCAAUAACAAGAUUGCCUUUUUCUUUAUCAAGGAAGCCAGUCUCAAAUUGAACCAAAACGGUCGUAUUGUUUCUUUGGUUACUUCGUUAUUGGCUGCUUACACUCCAUUUUACUCUACCUACCAAGGUAACAAGUCUCCAGUUGAGUACUACACCAAGAGUGCUUCCAAAGAGUUGCACGACCGUGGUAUCACUGUCAACUCUGUUGCUCCUGGUCCAAUGGAUACUCCAUUUUUGUACGGACAAGAAACUGAUGGCGAUAUUCAAUUUUACAAGUCUGUUGGUUUACACAACAGAUUGACCAAGAUUGAAGAUAUUGUUCCAAUCAUCAGAUUUUUAGUUACCGAAGGGGGUUGGAUCACCGGUCAAACCAUUUACGCUUCUGGUGGGUUCACUGCUCACUAA